AUGCGCAAGAUGGGUACCCCUUCGCUUGACACCGGCCCAAAAGCCGAUGAGAUUGAGAAAGCCGUGACAACGGAUUUACGUCGGCCGUCACAGGAAGGUCAACAGGAAGCGUUUGAUGCGUGGGUGCAACGUUGGAGGAAGUGUGUUCGAUUGCAGGGGGGGCUGACAGAGAGGACGCCGACAGAAGACCGCAGAAAAGUAAAUUAUGCAGAAGGAGGUGAAGGUGUUGGAGGUGGAGGUGUUGGAGGUGGAGUUGGAGGUGGAGUUAUCGGAGGUGGAAGAGUUUACGGUGGAGCUUUUCGUCGCGGUGGACCCAGGCAUUCGGUGAAACACUGGGCCACGGGAAAGGCCCGAGGCUGCUGCACGCUGGAAAGGGCCAAGUCCAAGUUCCCCAUCCUGGAAUGGGCACCUAAGUACACCGGCGAGCAGUUCAUUGACGACCUCGUCGCCGGGUUUACCGUCGGUCUCACCGUCAUUCCCCAUGCCAUCGCCUUCGCGGGGCUCGCAGGUCUGCCCGUUCCCUACGGGUUUUACUCUGGGUUCAUGGGGUGCUUCGUGUACUUGUUGAUGGGUGGGGUGCCAGAGAUCACGAUCGGCCCGACGGCGACCCAGUCCCUCAUGACGAAUCAGUUCGUGACCCUUCGGGGUCUUCCUCCCAUCAUGGCGCCAACGCUGUGCCUCUUCUCUGGGAUCGUCAUCUUCAUCUCCGGCAUCUUUAAUCUCGGUUUCCUGAUGAACUUCAUCUCGAGGCCGGUGACGUCGGCGUUCACGUCCGCCGUGGCCAUCAACAUCUUCACGACUCAGAUGAAGGCCAUCCUCGGCCUCGACAUCAAGCCCAGCGGGUUCAUCGACAACUGGAAGCAAGUCUUUGCCAACAUCAACGACACGAAGAAGUGGGAUCUCACUCUGGGUCUCAGUUGCAUCGCGUUUCUCGUCGCUCUUCGGUACCUGAAGAUGUUGCCGUGGGGGAAUAAGGAUCCCAAGAUGCAGGGGAAGUGGGAGAAAAUCAUGAAGAAGGUGCAUGGGGUCUUCUGCUGCUGCUCUAAUGCCAUGGUGGUGCUCUUCAGCGGCAUCCUCGCCUAUUACCUGGGAGAUCCGCCGCCUUUUCCCCUCACUGGGAAGGUGGACGCGGGCCUGCCGGUAUUCUCGCCGCCGGCCUUCACCCUGGACCAAGACGGGAAGACCGUGGGGUUCCUGGGCGUCGUCAGUGCCCUGGGUCCAGCCAUCAUCGUCCUUCCCAUUCUCGCUCUGCUGGAGCACAUGGCCAUCGCAAAGGCCUUCACCGGGUCGAGACCGAUCGACGUGAAUCAGGAGAUGCUGGCGAUCGGGGUGUCCAACAUGCUCGGCUCCUUCUUCGGUUCCAUGCCCGUGUCGGGGACCUUCUCGAGGACGGCCAUCAACUCCGUCGCAGGAGUGAAGACCCAAGCCGGCGGGAUCUACACCGGAACUCUGGUGCUGCUGGCGUUGAGUUUCCUCACUCCUUAUUUCUCGUACAUUCCGAAGGCGACCCUCGGGGCUGUCGUCAUCUGUGCCGUCAUCUUCGUCGUGGAUUUCUCCAUCAUUCCCCGCAUCUACAAGACGAAACCCAUCGAACUGGUGCCGUAUUUCGCGACGUUCGUGACCUCGUUGUUGUUGGGUCUGGAAUACGGGAUCGCCGUCGGGAUCGUCAUAAAUCUCAUCUUCCUCCUCUCCAAUCUAUCCAAACCCAAACUCCACGUGGAAACAUCAAAGACGAACCUGGUUUCACUGACGGAACAAGGGAACAAGGGAACGGAUGAGGAAAACAUGAUGUUGGUGAUUCGACCGGAUCGGAGCCUGUACUUCCCAAGCGCGGAGCGGAUAAGGAAGGAGAUCGAACGGAUCUCGAAGGAACACGAAGGGGAAUGCCCCACCGUCGUCAUCGACUGCUCUCGCAUGGCAGGCACGGACUUCACCGUCCACCAGGGCUUGAUGAGCAUAAUCAGUGAACUGGAGAGGCGGGAACAGUCGGUCAUGCUGGUGGGAUCCAAUCCCAAGGUGGAACGGGUCUUCCGAUCUGAUGGUUCUACCCCAGUCCCUCAUUAUGCCACUGUUCACGACAUCUUCCCACGCACCAGUCCCAGGAAUGGCAUUCUCCACUCCUUUAGCACCAACGACAUAAUCGAGGAGCAUCAUAAAGAAGUCAGUCCUGAUAACGUCGACAAGGAUUGCGACGAGAAGACGAAGUUUUGAACGCAAAACGUGACAGUACUGAGAUAUCCCCUGCCUCGGCAUCAUCAGCAUCACGAUUGACCGUCAUUUUCUUGUUCUUUAUCGAUUCAGUCAAUUUAUCGAAGUGUUUCUGUCCUCCUCGGUGUUACUACAUGCUGUCAAUUGAACAGGAGAGGUUUGGAUUACAUAACUUCUUCCCUGUCCAUCGCUAUUGGCAGUUCGUCUUUUUUUCCCCC